AUGCGCCCGACAAUCGCCCUUUUCGCAAAGUCCAGAAUGGCCACCCAACUCGUCCACCUGCCCGAGGUGCAACGGCUCAGUCCGGCCUGCAUCCGCAUCCUCGGAGGCAACCCCGGCAAGUUCACCCUGCAGGGCACAAAUACUUAUCUCGUGGGCACCGGGACCCGCCGCCUGCUCAUCGACACCGGCGAGGGCAAACCCUCGUGGAUCGCAGCUCUCAGGCGGACACUGGCCGAGGAAGGCGCCGAAAUCUCCCACGCUCUGAUAUCACACUGGCACGGGGACCACCAGGGCGGCAUCAAAGACCUGCUGGCGCUCUCAGCGGACACCAAGGUGCUCAAGAACCAGCCCGAGGACGGCCAGCUGGACAUAGCCGACGGGCAGAAAUUCAGCGUCGACGGGGCAACUCUAACUGCCAUACAUACCCCAGGCCACACCGUGGACCACAUGGUCUUCGCGUUCGAGGAGGAGAACUCCUUAUUCACUGCCGACAACGUGCUGGGCCAAGGCACGGCAGUAUUUGAGGACCUGGCCACCUAUCUGGCCAGCCUGGACAAGAUGAAGGAGCUCUUCGGCGGCAGGGCGUACCCGGGCCACGGCCCCGUUAUUGACGACGGGCCUGCCAAGAUACGGGAGUACAUUUCCCACCGUCAGCAGCGCGAGGACCAGAUCACACAGACCCUGCGGUCCGUCAACGAUGCGACUGGGACCGCUUCCUGGAAGCCGAUGGAGCUGGUCAAGAUCAUCUACCACGACGUGCCCGAGACGCUGCACCUGCCAGCCCAGGGCGGGGUCAUACAGGUUCUGCAGAAGCUGGAGAAGGAGGGCAAGGUGUCUAAGGGACGUGACAGGUGGGCUCUGACUGACCGGUCAGCCCUAUAG